AUGGGGGUGGACUUCGACGUGAAGACUUUCUGCCACAACUUGCGGGCCACUAAGCCACCCUACGAGUGCCCCGUGGAGACCUGCCGCAAGGUCUACAAGAGUUACAGUGGCAUUGAGUACCACCUGUACCACUAUGACCAUGACAACCCACCACCCCCUCAGCAGACUCCACUCCGAAAGCACAAGAAGAAGGGGCGCCAGUCACGCCCAGCCAACAAGCAGUCGCCCAGCCCCUCCGAGGUAUCCCAGUCACCCAGCCGUGAGGUGAUGAGUUACGCACAGGCCCAGCGCAUGGUGGAGGUGGACUUGCACGGCCGCGUGCACCGCAUCAGCAUCUUUGACAACCUGGAUGUGGUGUCUGAGGAUGAGGAGGCCCCCGAGGAGGCCCCUGAGAGCGGCAGCAACAAGGAGAACACUGAGACACCCGCUGCUACGCCCAAGUCAAGCAAGCAUAAGAACAAGGAGAAACGCAAGGAUUCCAACCAUCACCACCACCACAAUGCUUCUGCCAGCACCACUCCCAAGCUGCCAGAGGUGGUCUACCGGGAGUUGGAACAGGACACCCCUGAUGCCCCGCCCCGGCCGACUUCCUAUUACCGGUAUAUUGAGAAGUCGGCCGAGGAGCUGGAUGAGGAAGUUGAGUACGACAUGGAUGAGGAGGACUACAUCUGGCUAGAUAUCAUGAACGAGCGGCGGAAGACGGAAGGUGUGAGUCCCAUUCCACAGGAGAUCUUUGAGUACCUAAUGGACCGGCUGGAGAAAGAGUCGUACUUUGAGAGCCACAAUAAAGGCGACCCCAACGCGCUCGUAGACGAGGAUGCUGUGUGCUGUAUCUGCAAUGACGGCGAGUGCCAGAACAGCAAUGUCAUCCUUUUCUGUGACAUGUGCAACCUGGCCGUGCACCAGGAGUGCUACGGUGUCCCCUACAUCCCUGAGGGCCAGUGGCUGUGCCGCCGCUGCCUGCAGUCACCCUCCCGCGCUGUGGACUGCGCCUUGUGCCCCAACAAGGGUGGUGCCUUCAAGCAGACAGAUGAUGGGCGCUGGGCCCAUGUGGUGUGUGCCCUCUGGAUCCCCGAGGUCUGCUUUGCCAACACGGUCUUCCUGGAGCCCAUUGACAGCAUUGAGCACAUCCCGCCCGCACGCUGGAAGCUGACCUGCUACAUUUGCAAACAGCGGGGCUCAGGGGCCUGCAUCCAGUGCCACAAGGCCAACUGCUACACAGCCUUCCACGUGACGUGUGCCCAACAGGCUGGCCUUUACAUGAAGAUGGAGCCUGUGCGGGAGACAGGUGCCAAUGGCACCUCCUUCAGCGUCCGCAAGACCGCCUACUGCGACAUCCACACACCCCCAGGUUCAGCACGCCGCCUGCCUGCCCUGUCUCACAGUGAAGGGGAGGAGGAUGAGGAGGAGGAGGAAGAUGAGGGUAAGAGUUGGAGCUCAGAGAAGGUCAAGAAGGCCAAGGCCAAGUCCCGGAUCAAGAUGAAGAAGGCGCGGAAGAUCCUGGCAGAGAAACGGGCAGCAGCCCCCGUGGUGUCUGUGCCUUGCAUUCCACCACACAGGCUCAGUAAAAUCACAAACCGCCUGACCAUCCAAAGGAAGAGCCAGUUCAUGCAGAGGCUGCACAGCUACUGGACGCUGAAGAGGCAGUCGCGGAAUGGGGUCCCGCUGCUGCGUCGCCUACAGACCCACCUGCAAUCUCAGAGGAACUGUGACCAAGUCGGGAGAGAUUCCGAGGAUAAGAACUGGGCCCUCAAAGAACAGCUUAAGUCCUGGCAGCGGCUUCGGCAUGACCUGGAGCGAGCACGGCUGCUGGUGGAGCUGAUUCGCAAGCGGGAGAAGCUCAAAAGGGAGACGAUCAAGGUCCAACAGAUCGCCAUGGAGAUGCAGCUGACCCCCUUCCUCAUCCUCCUUCGAAAAACCUUGGAGCAGCUCCAAGAGAAGGACACGGGCAACAUCUUCAGCGAGCCGGUCCCUCUGUCUGAGGUAACCGAAUUGGACGAAGUACCUGACUACCUCGACCACAUCAAAAAGCCUAUGGACUUUUUCACCAUGAAGCAGAACCUGGAGGCUUACCGCUACCUGAACUUUGAUGAUUUUGAGGAGGACUUCAACCUCAUCGUCAGCAACUGCCUCAAGUAUAAUGCCAAGGAUACCAUCUUCUACCGGGCAGCAGUGCGGCUCCGUGAGCAGGGUGGCGCGGUGCUCCGCCAGGCCCGGCGCCAGGCAGAAAAAAUGGGCAUUGACUUUGAGACGGGCAUGCAUAUCCCCCACAGCCUGACUGGAGACGAGGCCCCACACCACACCGAAGAUGCAGAGGAAGAGCGGCUGGUCCUGCUAGAGAACCAGAAGCACCUGCCAGUGGAAGAGCAGCUAAAGUUGCUGCUUGAACGGUUGGAUGAGGUGAACGCCAGCAAGCAGAGCGUGGGCCGCUCUCGGCGCGCCAAGAUGAUCAAGAAAGAGAUGACGGCACUGCGGAGGAAGCUUGCCCACCAGCGGGAGACUGGACGGGAUGGGCCUGAGCGACACGGCCCCUCCAGCCGGGGCAGCCUGACACCCCACCCAGCGGCCUGUGACAAGGACGGGCAGACAGACAGUGCCGCCGAGGAGAGCAGCAGCCAGGAGACAAGCAAAGGCCUGGGUCCCAACAUGUCCUCAACCCCCGCACUUGAGGUGGGCAGGAGAACCUCAGUUCUGUUCUCCAAAAAGAACCCGAAGACAGCUGGACCGCCCAAGAGGCCGGGCCGGCCCCCCAAAAACCGGGAGAGCCAGAUGACCCCCAGCCACGGAGGCAGUCCUGUGGGGCCCCCCCAGCUCCCCAUCAUGGGCUCCCUACGUCAGCGCAAGCGGGGUAGGAGCCCUCGGCCCAGUUCGAGUUCAGACAGCGACAGUGAUAAAUCCACAGAAGACCCCCCAAUGGACUUACCAGCCAAUGGCUUCAGCGGUGGAAACCAGCCAGUAAAGAAGAGUUUCUUGGUGUAUCGUAACGACUGCAGCCUUCCUCGGAGCAGCUCAGACUCAGAAUCCAGCAGCAGUAGCAGCAGCAGUGCUGCCUCCGACAGGACCAGCACAACGCCUUCAAAACAAGGCCGGGGCAAGCCCUCCUUCUCUCGGGGCACUUUCCCAGAGGAUAGCAGCGAAGAUACCUCAGGCACUGAGAAUGAGGCCUACUCCGUGGGCACUGGCCGCGGCGUGGGCCACAGCAGUAAGUACACCCGCCUAAAGCCAGAGGUGCUGGGGGCCUGGUGUCAGGGCCUUGCCAGACCCCUGGCUGCUGAUCCAUCCCCUCUCUCCCAUUCCUGUGAAGUUGUAAGGAAGAGUCUGGGCCGGGGAGCUGGCUGGCUAUCAGAGGAUGAGGACUCCCCCCUGGACGCUCUGGACCUGGUGUGGGCCAAAUGCCGAGGGUAUCCAUCGUACCCAGCUCUGAUCAUUGAUCCAAAGAUGCCCCGGGAAGGUAUGUUCCACCAUGGGGUUCCCAUCCCUGUGCCCCCAUUGGAGGUGCUGAAACUUGGGGAACAGAUGACCCAAGAAGCCCGAGAGCAUCUCUACCUCGUCCUCUUCUUUGACAACAAGAGAACCUGGCAGUGGCUGCCCAGGACUAAGCUGGUUCCUCUGGGCGUGAACCAGGACCUUGACAAGGAGAAGAUGCUGGAGGGCCGGAAAUCUAACAUCCGCAAGUCAGUCCAGAUAGCCUACCACAGGGCCCUGCAGCACCGCAGCAAGGUGCAGGGCGAGCAGAGCAGCGAGACCAGCGACAGUGACUGA